UUUAGCAACUUUUAGCAACAAAUCGUUCCGCCUUUAGCAACUUCCUCUGAAAAUUAGUUGGCAACAGUGAAUGGACUAUUCCUUAACGUUCCAUUGGAGUUCGCGAAGUGACGGAGAAGAGCAGCAGGUGGAUGAUAACGGGAAAUGAGUUUGGCUGAAUAUUGUAGAUAGUUUGUAGUUGAAAGUAAAGUGUAGUAAUCCAAAUCGAAGGAGCGUUUAUCGAUUGUGCGUGUGUGUGCAUCACAUCAACAUUAAUACUGUUCAGUAAAUGCAUCUUUGUGAAGAAUCCUUCUCCAGUCCUGUCCAUAUUUGGCCGCCUCAACCAGUGUAAUAUAGAGUUGUCAAAACAACAUUCCAGCAGGAAGUGUUUACACCACAAGACAACAUUCCAGCAGGAAGUCAUUACACCACAAUACAGAGAGUUGUACAGUACUAGUUUAGUGCCAUUACAACAGCACAAAGCACGCAAUCCUUGGAAAAUCUCAGCCAUUAUGUACAGAGUUUUUUUCAUUAUUAAUGUUUUGCUUCCAGCAGCUUCUCCUAGAGGUUCUCACUCUCUACGGAUGCUUCUAACUUGCAUUAAACGACAAACACAACUUCCUGAAUUAACUGGCACAAUGAUAUUGGACGACAUCACAGUAGGAUAUUAUGAUUCUCAGACAGGAAGCUACAUCGCAAGAGCAAAUACUACAAAUGAAGAUGAUGUGAUAGAUCCAAAUCACCUCAAUACCAUAAGUGAUUAUAUGAUUGCUCAUUUUAUGAGAAGAUCAGAUUAUCUGAGACCCAUCAACCACACAGAAAGUCAUGUAGUUUUUCAGGUGAUGGGGCUUUGUGAACAGCUUGACAAUGAUAAACCUGGACAAAUGAUCACCAAGAAUGCAUUUAGAGGCUCUACAAUUGAUGAACUGCGUUUUUUUGAUGGCAAAUUCACAUAUCAGGGUUCUUUAAAUUACACAGCUCAACAAAUAAAACCUACUCUAGAACUGUCCAUGUGGCGCCAUGAGAAUAUAUUCUACCCCGCCUGCAUAAAAACUCUGAAGAAUUACCUUGAAAAGAGAGGAAAGCAAGUAAACAGAAAAUUGAAACCACGAGUCAGACUCAUGCAGAAAGCAAACUCAGAUUCUGGAGGGUUUCGUGUAAAUUGCUUGGCAACAGGAUUUUAUCCUCGUCACAUCAACCUGACCCUGUUCAGAGACGGGCAGCCUGUAGCUGAUCAUGAGAUCAUUGGAGGAGAUCUGCUGCCCAAUGGUGACGGGACGUACCAGAUGAGGAAGAGUCUAGUGAUCAGUGCUGCAGACAAACACAAAUACACCUGCUCUGUCACACACCUCAGUCUGGACAACAAACUGGACAUUGAUUUAGAGUUUGAUCACGGGGAACCAUUUAAAUCAGUGAUUUCUUCAGUUCUGACGGUUUUGGCUCUGAUGUUGGUGUUUGGAGCUGCAGCUGCUAUAACUGCAUGGAAAAGACGACGUGCAGAUUCAAUUAAAAAUAGUUAUUCUUCUGCUUCUACAUCUGCAGAAAGCGUGGCCACAAAAUCAGAUUUGACGUGAAUGCCAUGACAUUUGAUGUGAAGUGACAUGAAUCUGUAAAUGUUACCUACACAAUUUCCACUAUAAUUCACUGGUUGAGACCUAAGAGGUAAAUUAUUCUAUGUCUGCAAGUGUCAGCCACUGUCACACUGAUUGAUUGAUUGAUUAAUUGUUACACUGUUAUACCUUUCUAUUCCUUUAUGUAGAAGUGGACAUACUUUGUGCCAUUUACACCACAAUUUUUAUUCAUUUAUUUGAUGGUGUUGAUAUGAUAUGUAUAUAUGCUUUAAUCCUUUUUUUUUUGUAAUAUAAAACGAGAUUGAGAUUUUCUUAAAGUUCAUGCUUAUAUUGUUAGUGCUUCCUUUUAUAAAAAUUAUAAAACUAAAGACUCUUUGGAGAUAAUGGAAUAUGCAAUACUACUCUAUAUGUACUGAAGAUUAACAUGAGAUUAGGCAAAACUGUGUGUUAUGUUCCCUUUAACUCCACUCAACUUCAACAUGUGAUAUGAGCCAGAAUCAUACAUGAAUCAAAAUUUCUUCAUUUAGUACAAGCAAUAAAGUUGUCAAUCCUAAAAGUUGAUUUAUC